AGUAGGUUGAAUUUGACUUGUUAAAACUUCAUGCUGCAUUUAGUUUACAGCGUACGGCAAAAUGUUUUUUGGUUAAUACUAAGGCUAUCAAUUGAUUAAAAUAUUUAAUCUGGAUUAAUCGCAUGAUUGUCAUGAGUUAACUCGUGAUUAAUCGCAACUUAAUCACACAUUUUUACCUGUUCUAUAUUUACCUUAACUCUUUUCCCGCCAAGAAAAAAAAGCUUUCCUGCCAAUGACGAGUUUUUCCGGCAAUCCGUAUUUCCGCUAUUAUCCACCAGGUGGCGCUUCUACCCAACUUAUAAAACAUGGAAUCAACCGCUAAGGUCAAACUGUUCAAACUCUGUGUAUGUUUUGAUCAUCACUCUGAAUCUGAUCAAAAGUCUUUCCCAAAAACGCAAUUAUCUCAGCUUUUUGCUCAAAAUUUGGUAUUUUUGAAGAAACCUACCCAUAUUUGAGAGGUGAUAAAAAGAGAACAAAUAAAUGUAAGAUAUGAAAGCAGAGGGUCUGUUCUUUCAUUUGAUAUAUUGUAUGUUUAUAUCGUCGCUGUCCGAUGAAAACCACGUAUGUCCAUUUUGCCGAUUUUAAGAUUUUUCGACGGAUUGAAUGUCCAGGUUCAUUUCCGUAUACAGUAUGCUUCACAUAUCUUAAUGGCCAAUGAAAAGUUGUAAAAUCAUGUUAUCUGAUUUUUACGUAUAUCCAUUUGAUGUCAAAGCUGUCAAUCAUGCCGUGUAUCUCCCGCCCUGUGUAAGCAUCUCGCAAAGUUUCAUCGAAGCUCAUCACUGGAUGUAGCCAAAUAAACAUAGCCUGGUAAGACAAUAUCUUUACGUCAUCGAGGUAAACGUUCCCCCAUCAUAUCUUAAAAUCACUGGUAAAACUAAUAGAUUUGGCAAAACCAAGUCAAAAACAAUAUCAAUGGUAAACUGACUGCAUUUAUAUAGCGCUUUCAUAGACCCAUGGCCAUCCAAAGGGCUUUACAAUUUGCCUCACAUUUACCCAUUCAUACACCGACGGCGGUGUCAGCCAUGCAAGGCGCCAUCCAGCUCGUCGGGAGCAGCUGGGGUUAGGUGUUUUGCUCAAGGACACCUCAACACUUGGUCAGGUGGAACCGGUGAUUGAACCACCAACUUUCCGAUUUGUAGACAACCUACAUGAACCACUGAACCACUGCCGCCCCUCAAUAUAUGUUUAACUUUUUCUUUCUUUUAUUGUUUGAUUGACGUUGAGACACAGACAGUUUUAAAAUCUACUGUAAUGCAAGGAUCUAAUAUAAUGUUACACAUUGGAUAUUUUCCCAAAUAGUUAAUCAAACAUUUAUUUAAGACAUAAAAGAUUAUAUCUGCGUGAAUUCCCUUGGCUGGGUGGUGGAUGGGUUUAGCUAAGGGACCCCCAUAAUCUUUGACAUAAUUCAAACACUGCAUAAAAUGUAUAGAAACUUUCCCCAUAUCUUGCUGAAAUGCAAAUAUAUGAUUUCUACCCAUGACGUCAUUUUUAAAUCAUUUAUUAAUGGUCAUUUAUGGCCAUGUACCCAUCUGAAUCAGUGUCUCCUUGUGUUCGUGGAUAGAUGUUCUCUGUGACACUUCCAUGGAACAAGCCACAAUCUAUCAGACGAUUCAUCGCUCUCGAACUGCUUUCUCUGGCACGCUCAGAUUGAUGGUCCACACUUUUUAGGAAGGGCAGGAUAAGUGAUCAGACACAUCCAAUUAACAAAGACGCUAGACCGCCCUGGUACCGAUCUCAUUGUUGGAAAUAAUGGUCUCGGAGUUCUUGUCAAUUAUUCAUGAUCGUCUGACACUCGGGUAAUCUGAGACAGACGGACAUUUAAAUGCACUUCAUAAUUAUCAACAAAGGAUCUGUGCAUUUUUAAUGCGUUGCCGUGAUUUAGUCUGAAUGGUUUAUGUCUAAUUAUGUCACAACCACGCAGGCCUGUCACUUUCUAUCUGGUUUUGCCAGGAUGGGAGAACAUACUUAUGUUUUUGUUUCAUUUUAUAUGAAAUGAUGGGAAGAGGGAGACGAAAUGGGGUUUGAAAAUGUUGCAAGCUAGAUUCGACUCUCGUUCGACUGCAGUAAACAUGAAUUGAAAAUGCACUCUGUUUACUUUAGUAGCCUACGAUACAUUUUAUUGUAAGCAAUUUAUUUGUUUAUCGAUAAAUGCCUACAGUCAUCUGUCAUAUAGACUUCAAUUUAAUUUUCUGAGCGGUAAAGCCAUGUCUUGCAUAUUUCUCUUGUGUUUUACUCGUACUGUACAGUCACAUUAUGGAAAUAAAAUUGUUAUUCAUAUAGCAGAUUCACAUACAGUACAUUUAGAUUGACAUAAAUCAUACAUUGCACAAACAAAUAACAUGACGUUUAACAAGUUAAAUUAAGCGAGCGUUUUGGCAACACGGCAGAAUACUAAAAAUGUGAAAAUGCUAAAAAUAGUUCCUUGUUCAGAAAAUAUGAACUAUACGUUAGUACUUUGUUUGAGUGGCUCUCUCUCUUUCACUCUCUCUCUCUCCUUCUCUCUCUCUCUCUCAUCCAUAUAGGUUAAAAUAUAGGCCUACUUUAUAAAAAAUGCACACAUAAACAUUCUCAGAAAUGUUAAUAUGCUAUUAGGGUAUUACGGUAUGUUACCGCUUUCUGAUUUUUUCUCUUAUGUUUAUUUCUGCUUAUUUAUCUAGCUUGUUUUAACCCAAAUAUGGACAUUUUCUAGGUUAAGUUAAACCAAUGGUUGGGUUUGUCACUAUUUUUCCCAACCUUGGGUUUAAAACAACCCAGCAUUUUUUACAAUGUGUGAAUUCAGCAUGAGAAGUCAGAACCAUGUAGGUGCGUCUCUCUCGCUCUCUCUCAUCCAUAUAGGUUAAAAUAUAGGCCUACUUUAUAAAAAAAUGCACACAUAAACAUUCUCAGAAAUGUUAAUAUGCUAUUAGGAUAUUACGGUAUUUUACCGCUUUCUGCUUAAUUUUUUUCUUAUAUUUAUUCUGCUUAUUUCUCUUGCUUGUUUUAACCCAAAUAUGGACAUUUUCUAGGUUAAGUUAAACCAAUGGUUGGGUUUGUCCAUAUUUUUCCCAACCUUGGGUUUAAAACAACCCAUUAUAUUUUACAGUGUGUGAAUUCUGCAUGAUAAGUCAGAACCAUGUUUGUGCGUCUCUCUCUCUCUCUCUCAUCCACACACAUGAGUGAAUACUACAGUCUACAGUAGCAUUGCUCUGAGCGAUUCCUUCAGUGUUGCAUUACAGCGGUUGUAUAAUUUUCCCCUGGACCCAAGCAUCAUUCUGCUGUUUAAAAGCAAAACUUGUGAGAAACUGAAGGUCCAGCGAAAAAGAAAGGGAAUUCCUAAGAGAGGUGCUGUAUACAGCGGCAACUGGGAAGACGUUACAAGUUAUGACAGCACAGAGAAGAUCAAAUAAGAGCUUCACCCAAUCUUUAUCUGUAGCUGUUGCCAAGCGUCCCUCUCUGACACCUAUCUGACUGCGCAUAAGAGUAAGAGAGCGAGCGGGCGAGAGCGAGCGAGCGGCGAGAGAGAGAGAGAGAGAGAGAGAGAGAGAAUGUAAAAGGGAAAAGCCACAGGCUGCACACAGCACAUUGCUCUGGAGUUUCAGAGGAAACCGGGAUGAAAUGAGAAAGAUCUGAGGGCUGUUUCCAGUCAAGAGUAUUCCUGCCAAGAUCCCGGAAGGGAGGAGGAAACUUAUUGACUUCUUUUGGCUUCGAUCUCGAUACGAAGGUGAGGUGAGAGUGAUUUUCAUCCAAAGGAGGUGCAGACUGUAACCUUUGUGGACUGCUUCUAAUCCUUCAGCAAACAAAAGGGAGACAGCUGCGGAUGGAUUGGGAUUGGGACCCUUGGGGUUUUAAGAGGUUUUUCUGCAGUUUGUUGUUUAUGCAUAUGUAAACUGAACAUCUGCAGAUAUAUACGGAUUACGGCUCAGCACAAUCUGCUGUCAUCGAUUUGCGGCGACGGAGCACUCGGAGAAACACAUCAGCUGUAGUCUCGUCCCUGACACUCGGAGAAAUACUGCUGGGACCUGCAAUUUCACUUCUGCUGUCAAAUAAGAAAUUUAUCACAGCCUAUCAUUUCUGACACGCUGUGCCGUAAGACUCCUCUCUAGAAAAUAACAGCCGACGGCUGUGCUUACAGUCCUGGGGAUCUGAAAUAUUUAAAGCCGGGAACGAUGCAAUUAACGAUUAAUGAAAAAUGAAGCAGCUGUUAUCAGUAUGCGAAGGCUGCCAGCAUUCACUUGGAAAACUGCGGGAUUGAGUUAAAAGAGAUGUUUCUCAAACGAUCGUGACUGACAGCACUACCCGGUUUGCCGUCUCACAAAGUGAAUCCUGUGGAUUACAGUGUUUGCUUUUGGUUGAAUUGUUUCCUUUUUCCCAUCUAAUCAAUUUCUCCUUGUUUCAAGAGCGGAAUCCUAAUGAAUCAAAAUUAGACCUUGGGGUCAAACUUCUCAGAAUUCCCAUUCCGGUGCAUCCGAUUGCUUUUAUGGAUCUUCGAAGCUCGGAUAAAUCCGCUGGCCUGUUUGAUUGAACAUUCUGUUGCAUCCUUAUUUUUUCGUCUCUGCUUAUCAGUAUGGUCCCACCUCCCCCUUCCAACAAGCCACACGUUUGCCUUUCGUGUGUGCUUAUCAUGAGCAGCAUGGCACUGCUGGACGCCUAUCUGGUGGAGCAGAAUCAGGGUCCGAGGAAGGUCGGCGUCUGCAUCAUGGUGCUGGUAGGGGAAGUGUGUUUCCUCAUCGUGCUCCGAUACAUAGCGGUCUGGGUGGGCGCGGAGGUUCGAACCGCCAAGCGAGGCUACGCCAUGAUCCUCUGGUUCUUCUACGUCUUCGUGCUGGAGAUCAAAGUCUACUUCAUUUACCAAAACUACAAGGCGGAGCGUGACAGGGUGGACGCACUGACCUGCAAAGCUUUAACGGUGCUGCUCUCGGUUUUCGUGCCAGGACUUUACGUCACGCUGGCGGCCAUCGACCACAUGGAAUACGUUCGGCCAAUCAAAAAGAGGGAGGAGCUCAGGAGUCGAUUGUUUUGGGUUGUGGUGGAUCUUCUGGAUAUUUUGGAUAUUCAAGCAAGCCUAUGGGAACCUCAAAGGAAAGGGCUCCCUCUAUGGGUGGAAGGUCUUACGUUUUUCUAUUGCUACAUAUUGUUGCUCAUACUUCCGUGCGUGUCACUCAGCGAAAUCAGCAUGCAGGGUGUAAACAUUGUGCCGCACAAGAUGUUGCUGUAUCCUAUCCUCAGUUUGGUGGCUAUUAACGUUAUCACGCUGUUUAUACGAGGAGGAAAUAUGGUGUUUUACAGAGACGUACGAGUGUCUGGAAUACUCAUGGGUAAGAACGUUCUGGCGAUCGUCCUGAAGACCUGCAGCUUCGUCCAGUACCGCAGACAUCUGCAAGAGGCGCCGGGGGGCGCUCUCGCACCGGAACUGCAGAGGGAUGCAGUGCCGCAAAGUUCAAGAGGGGCGGUGCCGGUCGCAAUGCCCAUGCCUGUUACCAUGACAACGCCACAGGUGGUCAUACAAGAUCUGACGACACUUCCAGAAGAACCUGAAUUUGAGGACACAUGACCACAGAGUCCAACUGGGAAAGUUGUGUAACGCACCCCGUGAACUACUUGGAGUUCUGCGUCGUGAUGUUUGUGAGAUGUGGCUAAUGAGAAAAAAAGCUUGAUAAGAUGAUAACACAUUUGUGUGAUAAUGAAACUGGAGUCAUUCACAAUUCAAAAGAAUGCAGUGGAUGGAACGGAAAACCAUUAGUUGAAUUAAUUUGGAGAAAAAUCACACUUCAGAGGAACUCAAUGACCCUAUGAUUGUACAAUCACAGAUAACUGUGAAUAAUUCAUCAAGGUGUUAAAAAAUGUGUUUUUCAUUACGUUCUGCAUCUAUUUUAUUUGACUUCUCCAGUAAAAGUGGUGAAAUGAUGUAUCAGAGAGACAACUCAGGCAGAAACGCCAUUAAUUUAUAAAAGUGAAUGUUUUAUAUUUAAUGGAUGUAUGCCUUGUGUGUUCUUCGUUUUGAUGUUUUAUGAAAACUAGAUGAUAUUUUGUUAUUAAAAUGAGUUUUUGUUUAUAUCCGCAACAGUUUUUCUCUCUUGCUGUCUUUUGCUGUUUUUCUGUGGCUGGAAUCAAAAUUUCCGGACUAUUGCUGAGGUUUAAUGUUAUUUUUGUCUGACGUGCAACUAGCGACAUAAAUAAAACCUUCAGCAACUCAUGUUGUUUAUAGAGACCCUAGCAACAGCUCAGCGGUGUGCUUAUAACCACCCACAGCAUCUUAUUAACCUUACAGAAAUGCCCUAGCAACCACCCGGCGAGUUUCUCACAGUUGCAGUUUUUCUCAAGAAAAAUCUUUUAUCUUCAUUUGACGCAGUCAUAAGCCUUUCUUCUUUGGGAGUAAACUUACCACAGUGCGCUAAAAGCAAAAGCGUGACACAAAUCCAGAUCGUGUUAUUGGGUCUCAUCAUACUUUUGAGCCUCUGAGAUACAGAAGAAACUUUAAUCUCGUCUGGGCAAAGUGAUAAAAGACAGCUUGUCUUGUUUCUGCUUUGCAAACUCGUCUGAGUAAGAUUGUCAAAAUCAAGCGACAAGUUCGUAUAUGUUCACGUGUCUUAUAAUGUAAGCCGCACACUUCAAAUCUCCUGGCGCUUCGACAUAAAUUAGCAAUUUUAGUAUUUCAAUAAUAAUGAGAAGAAAACGUCCGCCUAGGUUGAAAUGAAAGACAUGUUUUAUGACAUUGUAUACCCAGAGCUAUAAUUUUAGCACGUUGCUAAGCUACCGUAUUAGAUUAGAGCCGUCAAUAAAUAUAGCACAAAGGAAACGUACUGCUCACGAUAAACACAUCUGACAGAUUAUUAUCGCUGAAAUGACAGCAUAAAUCAUAUCGAUUUAUUUAACCAGUAUAGUUAUUUAAAAACAAAUGGCAUUCUUGGCAGUCAUGAGUAAAAUGACAUGCACAAUGUUUGGAUCAUAAAAGCGAGGCUUAUUCUUAAGACUGUUUGUUUCCUGGACAGGGUUUAGAUUAAUCCAGGACUAGGCCUUGGUUAUAGGACAUUUUUACAAACAUACCUAACAGAAAACAAUACUGGUGUGCAUCUUGGGACAAAACAAUGGCCAUUAUUUAUGUUAAGAUAUGUCAGUGCGAGAUGUUUUUAAAGGGGACAUAUCAUGAAAAUGUGACUUUUUUCAUGUUUAAGUGCUAUAAUUGGGUCCUCAGGGCUUCUAUCAACCUAUAAAAUGUGUAAAAGAUCAACCCAGUAACUUAGUUUUGGUAAACCAUUCUCUACAAGCAUGUGAAAAAAUAGGUUAUUGAAAUUUAGCUCCCCUUGUGAUGUCAGAAAGGGAUAAUACCGCCCCUUAAUCUGCUCUAUCCAACCACAGCACUGCCAUUUAGUGCAGAGAUCAACUCAUUUGCAUAUCUAUAUGGUAUUUUGAGCUAAAAUUUCACAUAUGUAUUCUGGGGACACCAAAGUUUUAUUUGACAUCUUAAAAAAGUCUUGUGAAAUGUCCCCUUUAAAUUAAGGGCCUGUUUACACGAGAACGCUCGAGGGUGAAAACGUAAAAAUAUUUUAUCAGAUGUGCCUUUCGUUUACACAGUGAUGGCGUCUUUAGGGCUUAAAAACGCAAAAAAGUGAAACCCCCCUCCAGAGUUAAAAUCUUA